AUGGUCGCUGCAAUUACUAAUAACAUGGAUGAGAGAACAUUGAAGAUCAGGACGACGCCGACAGUUACCACGAUGAUUUAUGACCGAUCCAUUGAAUACUUGAGACUUUUUAAUUUUAUGUGUAUGAAAAGAAAUAUGAACUUUUUGGCACGCAAAAAAAAUAAAACUUUUAAGAUAGUAGGGGCCAUUCCUGCUGCUAUUAUUAUUAUCAUAUAUAUUUUCUUCGUCAGAUUGUAUCGUGUAAUAACUAUAACUUUAAAGCAUAUUGUAUAUUAA